CAUCACUCGCGGAAGCCGAACUGAUCUUUAGUUUGGAUGUUAUCAUUGUUAUGAGUUUGUGUUGCCUGUUGGGUGGAUGGUUUGUUUGCUUUGCGUUUCAACUUUCGAUCUUGGAAAACAUCUCGGGAACCAACAUUUCCUUGUAGUGCGGGUGCAACUACCUUGACGAGUUUCCAUGGUCGUCCUGGUAGAACGUGAAGUAAGGCCCUGGUCAGGUGUUUUAUUUGCUCAGUUCUCCCUUACCCUCUUACCAUGGCCUAUCCUAACCAAACCCACGAUGUCCAGGUGAGACAUUUCCCGCCAAGUGCUGGGAAUCCUGAAUUUAAAAGGACUUUCUCAGAAGCUGGUCAGGUGGCGGACGUCUUGAUUUUACCUGCCAAUGAGAGGAGACCUACUCCUAUCGCGUAUGUCAGGUAUUUCAUCGAGAGCGAAGCCAACGCAGCUGUUGAAAAACUUCACGACACCGAGUUUUUUGGAGGUCGCAUAUCUGUGUCCCGUGCUGCCGUAAGGGCCAGGAAUGGAGGAUCCGGUCCUUUCCCUGAUCGCAACCGGUCCAGAACGCAGCCUCCUCGGAGACCCAUGGAGAGGCCACCCAGGUUUCAGAACAAACCAACAAAUCAGUUUGAGGGUGGACAUGGUGAAGCGGAACAGAGUGCGUGUGCCGCAGUGCCUUCUACCUCCCAGGUCGACAGCGAGGCGGGCACAGGAUCUGUUUCAAGUGCCAGUAGCAGCAAGCCUUUCCAGCUUAUGGUGGUGCACGUGGAUGAAGAUCUGCUACUGUGGGCACAGGUCCACGAGUACGGUGCAGCGGAGCGGCUAGAUAAGAUGGUCACGGACAUGCAGAACUUCUGCAGCACCGCUGACCCGGCCGGCGAGAUUGAAGUGGAUGGCAUGUAUGCCGGCUUGUAUCAAGGCGAUGGCUUGUGGUACCGUUGCCAGGUGUUGGACAUCAAGAAGAAUCACAUCAUGGUGCGCUACGUGGACUUUGGCAACUGUGAGAUGAUGCAGGAGAAGCAGCUGAGAAAGCUGCCGUCAGAGCUGGCAGCGCAGGCGGUCAUGGCCAGGCCAUUCCUGAUGAAAGGCGUGCAGCGCCAGCAGCACCUGUCUUCGGCCAGUCUGGAAAAAGUGCGCGUGCUGGUGCAGGAGCAAGACAUGAAUGCGGUCAUCGUUGAGCCGGCCAGGGGCAAACAACAACCACCGGUCAUUGACCUGCAGCUCCUGGACAAAACCGAUAUUAUUGCUCAAGUCAAGGAGAUAGUGCCCAGACCAGCAGCAGCCACUGCACACACCAGAGAUGCUGACAACAGUUCGGCGUUCACAACUACUGUGGCAGAUGGAAAAUCCCCUCAGGCACCAGAGCGGUCAUCACCUGAACCUGGCCAAUCUGCUGCCAGAAACUCCAAGUUUAAGUCAGUACGAGAUGCUGCGAAGGGGACUGCUACUGGGCAGGUGGCACCAGUACAGAACGCAUCAGCCUUCAGGCGAGACCAAGAUCUCCAGGAUAAGGUGCGCCGAUUGACAGAGUCUCUGGACAAUGAGCAACAGCGCUAUAAGGAAACUGAGAAGAGGCUGAGGGAGCUGGAGGGAUCAGCAUUUGAUUGGCGUACAGCACAGCUCUUGGCGCGUGUGGAAGAGGUGCGUCGGAUUCGCUCAACAGUACCGUCAUCUUCGUCUACCAAUGAUGUGCUGGAGAAAGCAAUUCAGCUGGCCUUGCUAGACAAUCCUUGCCUGCCAUCCACUUGGAGUGCACUGGUCGAUGCUGAGAAGACCUAUGAAGCACUGCAGUCGACUCUGCGCAGCAUGGCAUCUGCUUCGGAAUGUGCUGAUGUUGUGACCAAGCGAAACACAGCCCGACAGGAGUACCAUGCAGCAGCUCGUGAGUUCAUCACUGAAGUUAGCAAGCUGCCAAUCCCAGCACACACCCAAUUGCUGCGGCAAACAAUCGACUCCUUGUCUAGUCAAGCACAGUUCCGGCGCAGACGAGACGCUCCCACCAAGAAGCUCGAGUCUUCCGGCAAGCUAGAGGACCUCGUGAAGACUUACCAACAGUGGAAAGAUGAACGCCUGCAGCAGGUCGAGGCCGUGCAGAAGUCCACGAAUGAAUGCUGUUCAGCGCUCAGCCAGCAGCUAGAAAGCCUGCAAAGUCACCUGGAUCUCAACUCCUUGCCCAUGGCGACGGGCACUGCGCCAAGUGGUUUUGAGAAGCUCAUUGCAUCUGUGGAGAGCACCAUUGGACUGGAAAUGGACCAUACCAAGAAGUCAGAGAGGGAGACAUCGCAGCCUGGGAGUGCAAUGGAAGAUGUAACAGCGGCAGUUUUGAAGAAGCUGAAAGGCGACCUUCAAGCUGUUGAGCACCUUCAAUCUCAGCAGGAACACUACUCUUCACUUUGCUCCAAGCUAGAGCCAUGGCUGGAGACCAGCUCGCCGGACACAGCACAACUCGAUGAGGUUUGGACGUUGUCGCGUGCCCUGCGCAAGCAACUGCGUCACAAUCUCACUGCCCUGGAUGAUGCUAGGGAGGAUGGCGAGGAUACAUCCAGUCUGGAUGAGGAGCGAUUGGCCAUCCUCUCACAGCUGCACUCAGCCUGCUUACAGCAGGACGUGCAGCUCAGCAGGCUGGUAUCUCUGACUGCGGAAUUUCCCGAGCUGCCUGCUCUCCACCCGAAAGCUGAGCUGCUGACGUUCCAGAAGAGCUAUGGCCUGAUCAAGGCACAGCGCACUCUCGACCACUACCAGCUUCAGCCUACGUCAAACGAGCUCACCAGUGUGCCGACAUACUCCACCAGUUUUGCCGGUCGAAGCUGUGUUAUCCACGAGUAUGUCAGCGGCACCUGUUCAGCGGACACUACCCAGCAGCGCAUCUUCGACUACGCAGCGGCCGCUCAUCCAUGCCUCAUGCAGCCGGAGGCCGUGUUCACCGUUUCCCCCCGGGUCUAUGCUCAGUUUCCGCACUACUCUUUCGUCUCGUUUGCCGACUGGCUUGGCGCCAAGCCCUCGCCGUACGAGAAGUUUGGCGUGUUCCUGGGCAUUGGUGCUGCAUUGGCAGCUCUUCAUGAGCAAAACCAGUUCCAUGGCUCUGUGACACCUGAUUACAUCCGACUGGCAAUUACUGACAAAGAUCAUCCGCAUCCUAUCCUUAUGCCUGUUGACUUCAGCAGCUCAGUCCAAGCUCCUAGUCGGCCAGCAUCGUCGCAUGCUGUAGAGGUGGCCAAUGGCAAACCACCAUCCGCUGCUAGCGAUAUGUACGAGUAUGGUCUACUGCUGCUCAGAGCGUAUAGCACCAAGACUGGAGAUGUUAAUCACCGCGCCAAUGGCAGUCCCAGCAACCUGCCGUCUGGAAAUGACCUAUCCCACUUAGUCGCUAUACUUCGCUUCUUGCUGCAUGCCAAGCCCAGCAAUCGACGCUCUGCCAAGCAAACCCUGCAGUGCUCUUUCUUCCAGCACGUACCAGAAAAGGUGACACCGUCUGUGCUGCUGCAGAAGAGUCUGGCUCCAGUGUCCAACGAGGUGCUGUUCAAGUCUCACCAGCUUGUGACAUCCUCUGGCAAUCUGUUCACUGCUGAAUCGCGUCAUGAUGACCAAGCGCAUUUCUGGGCAAGCUUUUUACCAUCGCAUUGUCAAUUCGUCGUGAACUUUGAUGCCAGUACGCUGAAGACGUUACUUGCAAACCGGCCUGAAGAGAAGCCGGCGGCAGCUGUCAAAAGUAGCACAACGGCAGACGGCCGACUCACCUCAACUUCCAGCGAGCCCCCGCUGGAGGCUAUCCCGUCGGAUGAGAUGAUUCACCCCGUCAGCACAGCCGUGACUGCCCCGGAAUCCACUACUGCACCAGCAGCUGCAGCAGUAGCAGAUGACAAGCAAGCAUGGUGGGGUGAGGGCAACGCAGCAACGGAUGGAUCCACUCAGCAGGAGAACGAAGAACAAGAGCAGCAGCAGCAGCAACCAACUGCCCCAUCUGAUGAUCAUGCCGCUGGCCAAAGUGCAGCAGCACCAGCUGCUGCGGCUGAUCAAGAAAACAUAGCGGAUGCUACUUUGCCUGUACCUGCGGCUGAUCAAGAAAGCGCAGCGGAUGCUACUUUGCCUGUACCUGAGCCUACAGUGGAGAAAGUGUCGUCGCCUGCUGACGCGGUUGCUAGCACAUGUGUGAAUAUGGAUACAGACACUGAUACCAGCAAGGUCACAGACACCGAUGAGGAUGGCAGCUUGCCCGCUUUGGAGCCAAUGACCGAUACCCGUGAGGGCACUGGCAGUGACUUCACCAUUCUUUCACCCCCAUCUAGCAGCGAGCCACCAUCCAGUAGUGAGCCACCAACAAGUGGUGAACCACAGCCAGCAACAAGUGAUAACGAAGGCUGUACCGACAUUUAACUCCUUCAGACCACUUCAUCCCUGGCAUGAUCCUAGCUGAAACUUCUUUGUGUACUAUACCGUUACGUGUCUCCACCUCUCCUCUGGACGUGUUUUCUCAACAAGCUUUGGAUCCUGGAAGGUGAUCUCUCUUUCCUCUCUCUCUCUCUCUCUCUCUCUCUCUCUCUCUCUCUCUCUCUCUCUCUCUCUCUCUCUCUCUCUCUCUCUCUCUCUCUCUCUCUCUCUCUCUCUUUCCCUCUCUCUUUCCCUCUCUAUCCCUCUCUCUAUCCCUCUCUCUCCCUCCCUCAUUUUUUGCUAUCGCAAAGACUAUAGUAGGUAAACUCUUAUUUUUGGUGUUUAUUUUGAGCUAUAUUUGUUUGACCUCGCUCUCAUUAUUCUAGGGUGCCAACUGUGGAAAGCAAACGCAUGCCUUUUUACCACAUAUACUUGCUUUCUUCUUCUUCUUCUUCUUCUUUUGUGGUGUAUUCAUGCCUCUUUGCAGCACACUAGCUAGUUGCUUUGCCUGCCCCAGCAAAUGGCCAGCUUUUAGAAUGAUUUUGAUGGCCUCUGCCUGUUGUCUUUUUUUAGCUGUUGUCCUUUUUUUUGUCUUUGUUUCACCACCACCAUCUGUGGUAUGUCAGCAUUCUGCUUCCUGUUUUCCUGUUUUCACUCGCUUGCUUAGGUUUAGGGUUGGUUCCCUACGUCAGCCAUUCAUGAUUCGCAUCCUUCUCAUACCUCAUCGGCGGAAUCAGUUUCAUCCUUUUUCAAACGUUCUACAUCAAUUUAUACUAACAUACUAUACGCCUUGCCGCUACCAGUGGUUAAUUUCAUUUGGCCACAGUCAUGAAAUACAAUAAUUGGUUCAAUCAAACUAGA